AUGGCUCCCGGGAAAGUUGCCGCCGACUUCAAUGAGAUGAUCAACAAGAAUCGUCAGAAACGCAAAAAUGAAGCGCUCGCGGAGCAGAUAUUCAGCAAGAACCGGAGAGCGAGCGCGCCUGGUGCUGGAGUCGCCAGCCGCAAACCAACCGCCGUUCCUUCACUUGCUAGCAGAAUCGGUGUCGGAAAGCGGAACCUUUCAACGUCAAUGAAGAACCCCAAGAAACCAGCAGCUCGACCAUCAGCUGGCAACGUAAAUGCAGAAUGGACACACGAUCUUCACAGCCUGAACAACGUCCCAGGACCUAAUGUACCCCGUGGACCAAAGGCCGGACGGGCAAACCGCAAAGAGCUGCUUUCCUCCGUGCUCAACGGCUCUGCUUCAUCACCCGCUCUCAACAGUCAAUUCAAUAUCAUGGGCGCUUCAAAACCGGGAAUAUCUAUCCGCGGAGUCGCAGGCCCGUAUAUUGUCGUUGCCAAGAAUCUUGCGCCUGGAACGACAGUCGCGGAUAUCGAGAGCGCAACGGCGCAAUUUGGCGGGGCUGUGCUGGCAUGUAAGAUCAUCACAGAGAAACCAAAAGUGAUUGCGGAAGUCGAGUUCGAGACGAGAGAAGGCGCCGAGAAUGUCGUUGACACUCUCAAUAACCAAAACGCUGAUGGAAACAUACUCCAUGUUUACCAUAAAAUUGGCGCUGUUAAGAGCAUCAGAUCAACCCCAUCAACCCCCCAAGGUCCACGAGCAGACCUUAUUAACGAGGAUACUCGAUCUGCCUAUGCUGGUUCAGAUAGAUACACGCCACGAGAGCGCCGACAAAACGACAGGGAAGAUAUAAUGGAUGGCUCAUACGGCUUCGACAAUCGUAUGGAGACAGAUGACGAUAAUUACAGCAACGGACGAGACCGAGGGUCGUUGUACAGCGACAAUAUCGUCGGCAACCGUGGACGAGGCGGCGGCGAUAACCAGGAUAGACGGGAUAGGGGCCGUGGUAACGGAUACAGAUGA